AUGCAACAGCAUGUAAACGGAACACACCGGCGAGCGGAUAUUUGCACACUAGACUAUUAUGAAAAGGUCAAGUGGGUGCAUCUCAGCUGCUUUGAUCGUUGGAUGGAGAAGGCACCUGCCCAACAGCAAAUUCAAUGCCAAACAUGUCGAUAUGUUUACGUGAAAACUUGGGUGCUAAAACCAUUUUCCGAAUGGUGCCGACCAGCGGUAAAGCUGUCGGCUUGGGAAUGCAUUGAAAUUUUCCUCGACGCUUACUCGACUUAUAAAUUCUUACGCGGAUUUAUUUUAAUGUUAGAAGGCCAAAGAUCUAUCGUUGUGCAGUGCCUUCACUUUUUAUUCUGGCGUAUCUUCAUUGCUACUGAUCGUCGAUUGGCUUAUUAUGCAUCAUUGGGUAGACAGCUAUUAUCCUCUGUCUUCGAAAUUUCUGUCAAAGAUUUUGUAUCUGAAGCUGAUCAGUAAGU